AUGUGGAUCAAUACCGGUUUGAUAGUCUUUGUCGUUUACGCGCCGACAUCAGACUAUGACGAUGAAGAACUCGAAGUGUUCUUUAUGGACUUGGAGAAUUUCUACAGAGAAAACCAUGGAUUCUUCAGAGUCAUCAUUGUAGAUUUUAACGCCAAGAUUGGGCUAAGAAGAACGUCUGAAGAACGUCACAUUGGUGGAACGAGCACAAUUACCGUGCAGACAUGUUCCAUCGUUAGAAACUUCGUUUAUAAUCCUAUCGCAACACAAAGUUUUGUUGAUGCAUUGGAGCGCUUUUGCAUAGCGUUCUUUAAUUACGAAAUGUCAACGAUUACUGUACUUUCACUCUACACUGCUUUUCCAAUGAUUUGUGUUGGUAUCGCUGUUUACAAUACAUUUAUCUCUACCACUUUUCUACGAACAGAUGAGUUUUGUGCUAUGGUACGACGUACUAAGUGGACAAAUUUCUCACUUGUUCUCACCCAGUGGGCAUCAGCUGCCCUCGCUUUUCUAGUUUACAUCGCCAUUUGGAGAAGAGUGAAACGAAAAACAAUGAGCAUAAGAAUGCUUCCUGCGUUCUCAGUGACAUACGAAGCCGUGGAACUGGUGAAGAGCUAUAGUGUUCUCUUUUACUUCAAAAAUGGUUCAAAAGCACCAGAACCACAGCUGCAUAGUGUUAUUACUACUGAUGAAAACGGAUUAGAGCGGCGCUCCAUUGAAGAGUAUCUGACUCGAUAUGACGGCGAAGAUACCCGAACGACUGUGGAGCAUCGGCUCGGAUCAUCGGCGCUAAUGGAGACGAAGACGUCGGAAAAUUAUCCGAAUAUGCAGUUUUAUCAAGCCGUGCUAGCUUAA